ACACAGCCAGACCCUUCUCAGAAUUUCGGCGGGUUUGAUUAAAAUGGCGUCGUUGCUCAGAGCGGAAAGCCGCAACAAGAGUAACGGUAGCAGGUAGAAGUGGACCCCGGUGCUGUGUUAAACCCGACAGUACAUCGUCAUGUCUAGCCUGGAUCAAAAAUCGCCAAAUGUCCUUUUGCAGAGUCUGUGUUGCAAAAUCAUCGGAAAAACUGAAGCUGAAGUGGCUCAUCAGUUCCAGUAUGCAGUGCGGGUGAUUGGGAGCAAUUAUGCCCCCACCAUUGAACGGGAUGAGUUUCUGGUGUCUGAGAAGAUCAAGAAAGAGCUUCUGAAGCAGAGGAGGGAGGCAGAUGCUGCCUUGUUCUCUGAGCUGCACAGGAAGCUCCAGACACAGGGUGUACUGAAGCACAGAUGGUCAAUCCUAUACCUGCUGCUCAGUCUGUGUGAAGACCCCCGAAAACCAUCCAGGGGUGCCAGCUUUGGAGCACUGAUUGCUCAGGCCCUGCCCCGAGAUGCUCACUCCACCCCCUUCUACUGUGCCCGCCCCCAGAGCCUGUCGCUCAGCCACCCUGAACGAUUUAGCCUUGCCCAGAACCCCAAUAGCAUGGGCACCAGUGGGGUCAGCAGCCUGGGGGUGUACAGUCUUAAUGGGCCCCAGAUUCUGUUGGCAGGGCACCAGACUGCAGCGGAGUCGCUCCGCCAGCCGCUGGGUUCUCACCUUGCCUGGAACCUACUCCCCACUGCCUCCCCCUCUUUUGCACCUACCUCACGGGGCCCGCUACUACCUGUCAUCACAUCUGCAAGGUCUGCUCUGCGGCAACAGAGAGAUGGGGACAGCAAUGCUGAAAUCGGCGAAGCAACCCUCGUCAGAGACAUUCUGUAUGUCUUCCAGGGAAUCGAUGGCAAGUUCAUUAAAAUGUGCAGCCAGGCUAACUGCUAUAAAAUUGAUGAAAAGGUUCUUCUCUCCAGGUCUCUUAGAGACACCAGCAGCAGGCUGGCUGAACUUGGCUGGCUCCAUAACAAAGUGAGGAAGUACACAGACGCUCGUAGUUUGGACCGAGCCUUUGGCCUUGUGGGCCAGAGUUUCUGUGCUUCACUUCACCAGGAGCUGAAGGAGUACUACAGACUGCUAUCAGUGCUGCACUCACAGCUGCAGGUUGAAGAUGAUCAAGGGCUGAAUCUAGGAGCAGAGAGCAACCUGACCCUACGCCGCCUCCUGGUCUGGACCUAUGACCCCAAAGUCAGACUCAAAACCCUGGCGGCCCUUGUGGACUUCUGCCAAGGGCGGAAAGGAGGUGAGCUGGCCUCAGCCGUGCAUGCUUAUGGGAAAACGGGGGACCCCUAUAUGCGGGCGCUGGUGCAGCACAUCCUGGGCCUGGUGUCCCACCCCAUCCUCAACUUCCUGUAUCGCUGGAUCUAUGAUGGUGAGCUGGAGGACACUUACCAUGAGUUCUUUGUGGCCUCUGACCCCACAGUGAAGACGGACCGUUUGUGGCAUGAUAAAUACACACUGAGGAAAUCCAUGAUCCCGUCCUUCAUCACUAUGGACCAGGCCAACAAGGUUCUGCUUAUUGGCAAGUCAAUCAACUUCUUGCAUCAGGUGUGCCAUGACCGAACUUCGCCUGGGAAAAUUGUACCUGCAUCCAAGUCCAUGGACUCACCUAGAGAUGCUGCUGAGCUAUUUGCUGACCAGGAGGGGGCGUUUCAGGGCAAGAUAGAUGCUGCAUAUUUCGACACGAGCAAAUACCUGCUAGAUGUCCUGAAUCGGAACUACCUGCUGCUGGAGCACCUGCAAGCCAUGAGGCGAUACCUGCUCCUGGGACAGGGGGACUUCAUUAGACACUUGAUGGACCUGCUCAAGCCCGAACUGGUGCGCCCAGCCACCACGCUGUACCAACACAACCUAACCGGGAUCCUGGAGACAGCCAUCAGGGCCACCAAUGCCCAGUUCGACAGCCCUGAGAUCCUCAAGAGACUGGAUGUGCGACUGCUAGAAGUGUCCCCUGGUGAUACGGGCUGGGACGUCUUCAGUUUGGACUACCACGUGGAUGGACCCAUUGCCACGGUGUUCACACGGGAGUGCAUGAGCCACUACCUGAGGGUGUUUAACUUCCUGUGGCGGGCAAAGCGCAUGGAGUACACGCUGACGGACAUCUGGAAAGGCCAGAUGUGCAACGCUAAGCUGCUGAAGAACAUGCCCGAGCUGUCUGGAGUUCUGCAUCAAUGUCACAUCCUGGCUUCUGAGAUGGUCCAUUUCAUACACCAGAUGCAAUAUUACAUCACCUUUGAGGUCCUGGAGUGCUCCUGGGAUGAGCUAUGGAAUAAGGUGCAGCAUGCACAGGAUCUGGAUCACAUCAUCGCCGCCCACGAGGUCUUCCUCAAUACCAUCAUCACCCGUUGCCUGCUGGACACUAACAACAGGUCCUUGUUGAACCAGCUGAGGGCAAUCUUUGACCAGAUCAUAGAGUUCCAGAACGCACAGGACACUCUGUACCGCUCUGGCCUGGAAGAGCUACAGCACAGACUGCAGUUUGAGGAGAAGAAGAGACAACGCCAGGAGGAGGGUGAAUGGGGGGUGACGACUGUACAGGAGGCAAAGGAGAGCAGACAUGUUCAGGAGUUUCAGGAAACCAUACCAAAAAUGCGCUCCCAGCUGAGAAUACUCACACACUUCUACCAGGGAAUGGUACAGCAGUUUCUAGUGUUGCUGAUGACCAGUUCAGAUGAAAGCUUGCAGUUCCUCAGCUUCCGACUGGACUUUAAUGAGCACUACAAGGCCAGAGACCCACGUCUGCGUGCCUCCCUUGGAGCCAGCAGGGGGCGACGCAGCUCUAACAUGUAACCCUCCUCACUUUUACACAUUGAUGGUCCAUAAGGCUCCCACAGAAACUCAACACAUCGCAUCCAAUACAGAAGGUAAAAUAAACAAAAACAAGAAAAAAAACAGCCUUUUCCCAUGUCAUUGCCAAACAGUACAGACACUCAGUCCCAAAAUGUUCCGGAGACGUCAAUUGGUUUUCAACAAAAAAAUGUUUUUCUUUUUAGAGGGCGAGGUCACAGUGCUUUUCUGUUAAGUGAUGUGUGGUCAGUGCUUUAUCUCUGAUCUGAUGUAUGAUUUUUUAUUUUUAUUUUACUUAGUUUGUUGAACAUUUUACAUUCUCACUCAAUUUAAAGUUAAUGUGUCAUGAACAUGUGUAAAUCCUUAACAAUAUUUGCGCUUAACAAAGGUUUUUUACCCCAGUAUCUUAAAUGUUCCUUUGUUCAUUCACUGUAAUUUCAUUUAAAAAAAUAUUCUCGUAUCAUUAUCAUUUGUGGCAAAUACAGCAAUGCAAACAAAAAUUCAGUGAUGAUUUGUCUUACCAAUUCCUGCAUUCAGAGUUUCUCCUCUCUGUAACGUUUACAGAGUGCUACAAGGUGCUACAUUGAAUGAAGAGGACUCAUUUCUUUCUCCUUUUGGGUUUUACCUCUGAUUCACAUGCCUUGUUUUGUUUUUUUGCGAGUGUGUGUGUGUUUUGUUUGUAUGUUGUGUAUUAUUUUUUUCCUAUAGUUUUCACAUAAUUAUUGAAGUCUCCUGAAAUAUAGACUAGAUUUGUUUGUUUGUCAGUUGCACUGUAUGCUCAGAGAUUAGGUAAUUCUCAAAGACCAUGUUGGACUGUGUUCAUUUGCAAGCUAUAUGAGGUUUGUUAUAAAAAGGUUGUGCAAGUCUGUUUGGAUCGUAUCUCUGAUAUUGUGAUUAGGCUUUACUGCUGAACAGCCAUGAUAAAAAUGACUCUUCCUGAGCUCCAGAUUAAUCCUGUGUAGAUGAGUAGUGCUGUUACUCGGAGUGUUAUAACCUUAUGUUUUGCCACAGUCCUCAAUGAUGGCAAAAAGAUCGACAUGUUUAAAAUUUCCUUCCUCUAGAAGAAAGCAAGUUAAGAAAGAAAGUUGUCAACCUGCCCUUGCAUCUUUAGAACUGCCCUUGAUAUCAUCCUUGAUUUGUAUAGCAGAUGUUUAUAACUUGCAUUAAAAGCCAUCUUGCCAUUUCCUCUUUAAUAAACAAUCUUUUUUGUAAAGGAAA